GAGAUGGGAGUUCAGACAAAAACUUAGACCAAAAAGCAACAUCCCUAAAAUUGUGCAUUACUGUUUGCUGGGUUGGUUUGUUUGUUUCCCGUUUUUAUUUUCUUUGGGGGGGGGAUGGGGGAGGAGAGGGGAGGACCUGGGCGCAGAGGAGGAACCCAGGCUCUCAAGCCUCUCCUCCACCCUUCUUUUGCAGGGUGGUCUUCAGCGCACUGAAGGGAACACUUGUUGGGGAGUUCCCUUUCUGCUUGCUGCCUCCCACCGCCAGUCAGGCGGCCACAGGCAGAGGGGAGGCUGUGAUCUGGGCUUGGCUGCGAGUCAGGAAGGCAAAGAUCGCGGAGCCGGAGCGCUCAGGGCCAGGUGACACAGUCGUGGGUGCCCGGCGCCGCUUGACAGCUUCAUCCCCGCCCACUGGCAGGAGAGCGCGGCCGGGCAGCACGCGCGCGCGCAGGGUCCUUAAAAGCCGCGGCCGCGCGGAGACGCCGAGCUCGCCCACCGCGCGCAGGCGGCGACAUGCACGUGAACGGCAAAGUGGCGCUGGUGACCGGCGCGGCCCAGGGCAUCGGCCGAGCCUCCGCCGAGGCGCUGCUGCUCAAGGGCGCCAAGGUAGCGCUGGUCGAUUGGAAUCGUGAAGCAGGUUUAAAGUGUAAAGCUGCCCUGGAUGAGCAGUUUGAACCUCAGAAGACUCUCUUCAUCCAGUGCGAUGUGGCCGAUCAGGAACAACUAAGAGAUACUUUUAGGAAAGUUGUAGACCACUUUGGAAAACUGGACAUUUUGGUGAAUAAUGCUGGAGUGAAUAAUGAGAAAAACUGGGAAAAAACUCUGCAAAUUAAUUUGGUUUCUGUCAUCAGUGGAACCUACCUGGGUUUGGACUACAUGAGCAAGCAAAAUGGAGGUGAAGGUGGCAUCAUUAUUAAUAUGUCCUCUUUAGCAGGGCUGAUGCCUGUUGCACAACAGCCUGUUUAUUGUGCUUCCAAACAUGGCAUAAUUGGAUUUACACGCUCGGCAGCGAUGGCUGCUAAUCUCAUGGACAGUGGUGUGAGGCUGAAUGCCAUUUGCCCAGGCUUUGUUAACACACCCAUCCUCAAAUCCAUCGAGAAAGAAGAGAACAUGGGACAAUACAUAGAAUACACAGAUCAUAUCAAGGAUAUGAUGAAAUACUAUGGAAUUUUGGACCCAUCAAUGAUUGCCAAUGGAUUAAUAACACUCAUUGAAGACGACACUUUGAAUGGGGCUAUAAUGAAGAUCACAACUUCUAAGGGAAUUCAUUUUCAAGAUUAUGAUACAACCCCAUUUCACACGAAAGCUCAGUGAACAUCUUAUAUGUCAGCUUUAACUGAAAAUAAGCACAAAUGACUUAGACCACAUCUUCAUUUGAAGACAGCUUUUUAAAUGAAAUGUUAUCAUUUGGAGCUUUCCUUUCAUGCAUGUGAUGUUCAUUUUUUCUAAAUGAUUAGCUAAGUAUAUAGAUUUAAAAAAUGAGGAACUAUCAAAAAUAUGACAUGGACCAAAGCUAGGUUUUGAUCUUUAUAGUCUAAGUAAUGAUUAAAACAAAGGAUAUUCCAGGAAUAUUCUGCCUUGCAGAGAAUAUAUUUAAAUUUGUGAUUCAUAAAUGUUAAUGUUUUUCAGAACGUCAUUUUAAAGGAGAUACUUGAAUUGUUAUUUAUAUCAAACCAGAUGUGAAAAACUCAUUUUGUUUCCAUGUUCGCACUUUAAAAGAAGGAAGCUACCUACAAUGGCAAAUAUUUAGUAACAAUAACUUUUACUUAUAUACCAUCUUUCAGCUGAAUAUUUCAGCUCUUUGAGGAUGUGGCACCUUUGGGGGCCCGUAGGUAAGGAAUAAAUUACAGUGUGAAUAUAUCCUAAAUGAAAAAUCUAAUGUAUGGAAAAGUGACUGAAAUUAACUGGCUGAGAUGUUAAUCCACAGUUCAGCCUCCCAUCUGGGGAAAACAUUUCUUUCCUCUUUGCUUACUUUAAGAAUUUUGACUACAGAAAUCUCAGGAAUGAAACUUUUAAUAGUUAUAGCAAAAAGGAUAGUUAGUGCUCCUAAAACAUGCUUAUUAAGAAAAAAAUACAAAUGUAAUUUUUUUCAGAUUACUUCUUUGUUUAUUUGUACCAAUUUCAAAAAUGCCUACUUUUCAAUAAAACUUUUUUUUUUUCUAAUCUUCAGAAGUUACUUAGUGUUCUAUCUAUAGCUACUGAGAGGAAGAAACCAAUUUUGUCAACACCUCAACUGAAGAUGCUUUUGUGUUUUCAAAGCAGUAAUAACAAGAGGUAAAAAUAGGUGUGAUGUUUUGCCGUUUUCCCUGUCAGGUAUUUUAAGAUAGGAUCAUUAAAUGCACCUGCUUUGGGUAACACUAUUUGCAAGCAAUAAUUAAUGCUAAUAAUAGUGAAAGCACAAGAUUUCCAAAUCAAUCAUUUCUUCAUAGAAAUAUUGUAGAAGUAACACAUUCUGCCUGCUAACUCCAGAGCUCCCAGUUGGGAGCAAAAUCCAUCCAUGCGAGAUUAAUAAGGAUUUCCUAGAGAUAUUGGCAGGUUGUCAGAUCUUGCUCUGUUUUAAUUCUGCCACAGAGAACUGUUGCCUUCACUUUUAAGGAGUGCGUUGAAUAUGAGUAACUGUUGUCUAGAUGUCCACAUAACGUCUUUGAAAAACACCAAGUAGUGGACAUCAGUGAACAUCUAAGAGAAGUUGUAUAAUUAGGCACAAACUUUUUCAUACCUUGUGGCAGUAAGUAACCAGUCGAUGAUAUAGGUAUGAGGAAUAUCAUUUAUCUCAACUCUUUUUUCCACGGUAAUGUUCAAAGCUAUAGCUUAAACUUUUCAUUUGCAGAUAAGUCUUUGCACUGGCGGCCUUCAAUAUACUUUGUGCUUUGAAUUAUUGUUUUUAAAUCAAUAAACUAUGCAGACAUUUAAAACCACAUACUGAGUAGAACUGAAAAAAAAAUAUGCAUUAUAUUUUUAAAAGUUAUUUUUACCUUAAAAUGUAUCUUAUAUAAAUAGCUUUAAAUAAAUCUAUAAUGUUGUAGGUGUGGAGCCCUAUAUCAAGGGCACAGGACAAAAAUCUCCGGAAUUAACUGAGCCCCCAUAGCAACUGUUGCCAUGGGCUUUCCUGACCUAAACGGGACAGCCCUCGAGUACAUAUUAGGUAAAAUAUUCACCACGUAGCAACCACGUAGCAUCCUGACCAAUCACCUAAUGCCAUCCUGCCAGCAGGAAUUUUCUUUGUCUUGAGGCUAUAAAAGUUGGCUACUAGCCUACAAAGGGGGUCGACUCUUCCUAGUCUAUCAGGAAGUCAGACCCUGUGUUUGCACCGCCCCUCACUAACUCUCUCUUUGUUCUCAAUAAACUCACCCUCUUCUAAAAUA